AUGUUCCUCGGAGGGCUUCACUUCCUCCAUGCUGCAGAGCAGGAGCUGGACGACAUGAUGCUCACCUCCACGCCGUUCUCUGUGAAGGACAUCCUGAAGCUGGAGCAGCAGCAGCAGCAGCAGCAGCAGAGCGGCCCCCUGGAGCAGCUGCACCACCGGGCCCACACCCAGCAGCACCACCGGGCCGGGUCGCCCACCCCCCAGCAGCAGCAGACCUUCCACAGCCCCCCGUCCUGCAUGCUGGCCGGGACCCGGGACAGCUUCUCGGACGGAGAGGACAACCUGGCCUACCUGUCCCCGGACCUGUACGCGCACCCCCCCGGGCUGCAGGGAGCCGAGGAGCUGGAGGAGCAGGAGAGCAAGAGCUGCGGGCUGGUGACCCGGGACUCGGAGGCGGUCCCGGCCGGGCAGGAGGACUCGGAGCGGCCGCUGCAGAAGCCCCGGAGCCGCAGGAGGCCCCGGGUCCUCUUCUCCCAGGCGCAGGUCUUCGAGCUGGAGCGACGCUUCAAGCAGCAGCGCUACCUGUCGGCCCCGGAGCGGGAGCACCUGGCCUCCAGCCUGAAGCUCUCCUCCAACCAGGUGAAGAUCUGGUUCCAGAACCGCCGCUACAAGUGCAAGCGGCAGCGGCAGGACAAGUCCCUGGAGGCCGCCGCGGGGGGCCAGCAGGGGCACCCGGCCCCCCCGAGGCGCGUGGCCGUGCCGGUGCUGGUCCGGGACGGGAAGCCGUGCCUGGGCCCCGGGGGGGGGCAGAGCUUCGGGCCCGGGGCUCCGUACGGGUCCAACCCGUACAGCUACAGCGGGUACCCGGCGUACACCUACAACAGCCCAGGGGCGUACAACAGCAACUACAGCUGCACGUACACGAGCAUCCCGGCCCUCCCCCCCCCCUCCGGCCCCCCCAACGCCUUCAUCAACAUGAACUUGGGAAACGUGGGCGGCCUGGGGGGCUCCUCGCAGCCCCAAACCCACCCGGGGUCAGGGGUCACCUCGUGCCAGGGCUCCCUGCAGGGGAUCCGGGCCUGGUAG